AUGUCCACAGAGGGCCUGGAUAAGCGACAUUACUGGGAGGUGGAGUGGGAAGGAAAGUGGGCUGGUAUCGGAGUGGCCUACAAAGACAUGAAACGUAAGGGGCACGACAAUGAGCGUUUGAUGGGGUACAAUGAAAACUCCUGGAGUCUGCACUGCUCUGGGAGAGGAUACCGCGCAUAUCACAACUUUGAGAGCGUCGUCACUGGAGUCCCAUUUGGCGGUUGUCGUGGACUGGCCGUGUACCUUGACUGGCCGGCAGGCAUGCUGUCCUUCUACAGAGUUUGUCCAGAAAGGUCUCUGACACACCUGCACACCUUCUUCACCAGAUUCACCAAACCUCUGUACCCGAUAUUCAGGGUCUGGUGUAAGGACUCCUCGGUGAGGCUGUGCCAAACGUCAGACUGA